ACGUGACUUCAGAACGCAGGCUGGGUUUAGGCUCCUAUUUUAAUCGAUAAGUUGAUUAUCAGCCGCUCAGGAUGAACUGGGAUCAACAGUUGAGCUCCAUCAUCUCCGAGGCUGAUGGAAGUGUCGCAAAAAUGAGAGAACGCCUUACUUCGCAUAGAAGAUCUUACAGAGGGACAGAAGACGUGUUUCCGGUCAGAGAGGUCACAGCUGGUGUUGAUCUGAAGCCGUCUGCGGUUCAGUGGUCAGAUCUGACCGCCAUCCAAACACAAUUACAGCAGCAGAGUCAGGCCAUUGAGACUUUAACACAGAAUCUUCGAUUACUAGAAGGAGAACGAAAUGCUCAGACAAGACAAAUACAAACAUUACAAGAGGAGCAGAAGAGACUUCGGGAUAAACUGGAGGAGAGAGAGCAGGACGCGGGUCGGAGAUCACUGAGUCCUGGACCGGACCGACGGAUCGAGCAAUGGAAGAGAGAGAUGGAUCGAGAGCUGAGCAGUCUGAGAGCGCAGAUCAAUCGCGCCGCGACUCUAGGAAACCAGGAAGAAAGUUUCAGCUCCAAACUGCGCAGAGAAGAACUGGAGCAGCUCAGGAGAGAGGUGGACAUCCUUAAAAACAAGCUCAUGCGGCAGGAAGAAGAUACGUUCCAGCUCCGGUCAGAGGCCAGAGAAACAAGGAGACAGUAUGAACACAGCUCUAAGACGUUGGAGAGUUUUACAGAUUCGUACCGAACGCACAGUUUCGAUCUCGCUCGGAUGGUGUCACAGUAUCAGCACACGCAACAGGAAGUGCGUGACCUCAGAGUCACUGUCUCCGAGCUGAAGGACGAGGUGCGAGGUCUGGUCCUGAGAGAAACCCUCCCCACACCUGCACCUCUAGCACACAAACCAGUGGUAACUGUGAAGACAAGCCCCCAGAGACGUGUGUCGUCAGGGUCCGAUGAUGAUUUCAGUCCCACCCCCAGUCUGGGGGAGAUCAGCUCAGAUGAGUUAGAUGCAUCAUGGCUGGAUGAACCAGAGCCACAAACCAGGAGGAGGCGCCGGCGAGUCCGUUUAAAUUCAGACAUUACAGGAAGUGACCUCAGCGAUGCUGGAAGUGGGCUGGAUAGUAACCUUGGCAAUGAUGCUGAAGGAGUUUCAGACAGUCCUCCAGAUCUCAGUCUCAGUGACCUCUGACCUUAAAGGUCAAUAAAUCUGUGUGCUGCUAUUAGAAGGAAAUAGAAACCUUAGUCUUGCGUUGAUGCAAGUUAAGUAGAUUUAAAGUGUGUAACGGACAGUUUACUUGUCAUGAAGCCCCGGACUGUGCUAUUUCUGCUAUAAUUGAUCUAUACAUUCAUGUUAAAUCAAGACCAUGGGCACAGAGUUUUUGCAGUAUUUGAUGACUGACACACAUUACUCACAGAGUCUUUAUAGGCUUUGCAAGUAUUGCACAUAUUUGCAAUAACGCAAAAAGAGUGUUUUCAAUAUGAACAUGCAACACAUAACAUCCAUUUAGUCCAAAACCAUUUGACUUUGGCUUGUUUACAUGUUGUGAAUGUAUUUGCAGGCAGUAUUUGGAGAAUGUUUGUCACAGUAAGACCAGAAAUAUGU